AUGUCACAAAACGUUGUGAAUUUCUCAGAUCUAAAUGAGAAUGAAUAAUAAAAAUACAUUGAAUUUUUUUUGCAGAAUAAAUUUAUUUUUACUGAAGAUUAGGCAGGGGAAACUUUCAAUGCUACAAUUAAAAUAAAUAUGAAUUAAAAUGAAGCAUCUUCUUAAAAUACUUCUUCUGCUCCUUAGUAAAAUAAUAUUCAAAAGACACUUAAUUCAGAAUAAGAGAAAUAAGUAUUAAUAAGCACUAAAGAAAACAAUGAAUAAUAAAAGUAAAUAAGGAGCAGUUUUGGAACAAAAUUGGACAUAAAAAAAGCAUAAAAUUAAUCUAAAGAAAACUCAGAGGCUAUCAGCUAAAGAAAAUCAACCACAAAGGUUAACAAUCGUUACAGUAAGUCUCCAAUUUAAAAAAAGAUUCCUACAAUUCAAUAAUAACAGCCAGUUUUAACAAAUAUAACGAACAAAUUAACAAAAUAAUAAUCAUAAUAAAUAAAUUCUUCACAGCAGCUCAGAGAAAGCCUGAGCAAAACAAAAUUAACACAAAGCACAGCUUAGGACAAUUAAUAUAAAUAGAUCAAAAAAUCUUAAGAAUCUGAAAACAUUGAAAAUGGGUAAAAAAAAACUGAAAUUUUAGAAAAUAAAAAGCAGCAAAUACUUGAGAAACUUAAAGCAAAGUUGGAAGAAGCAAAUAAGUUAGCAGAAUAUGAAGAAUAAUUAAAGUAAUAGUAAUUAUUGAAAGAAAUAGCUCCUCUAUAGUAAUCUCAUUAAAAUAUUAGCAAAAAAGGUGAGUAAGGAGGAGGCUAAGAUGUAAAAGGAAAGGAUAAAAGAAGCAGCAGUAGUAACAAUAUAAAGUAAUAAUAAAAUAAUCAUCAUAGUAGAAUAAAUAAGGAAAAUAAUAAAGAAAUUAAUCAAGAUGAUUAAAGAUCUAGAGGAAUUUCGUUUGAUUUAAUGCAAAAAAAUAGGGAAUUUAUUAACAAACUGCAAGAAAAAAAUAAAUAAAAGCAACAAAAGCCAUCAAGAAAGAGUGUUUCUCCAGCAGUAACUGCUCGCAAACAACAUUAAUAAGAAAACAGUAAUAAGGAAGAGUCAAAAUUGAAUACAAGUAGGAAUGGAGCUUAGCGUAGACAUUCAAACAUCUAGAUAUCUAAUCAAAGAGUUUAAACAAGUAGAGGGAGAAGUAACACUUAAGAGAAUAACAGAAGUACUAACUAAAUCUAAAAUUAAGCAUAGCAAGAAAAGAUACCUUCAACUUUUGAAUAAAUAAUGUAAAGACAAAGCUAGCUAAUUAAUAACGUCUGCAAUUUAAUUCAUGAUAAAAAGAAGGGUCCUCAAUAACCAUAAAUUAGUUAAAGAUAAGGUAAUUAUAAUAAAUAAGAAGAUGCUUAUUAGUAAUCAACUUCUCCCAACCGUUCUCCUUCAUAUAUUAAUUCUGCUUAAAGCUCUUCUAAAUCACAUUCUUCUUUGUAAAAAUAAACAAUGUCUAGCAUAGGAAAAUAAAACAGUAAAAUUUAAAAUAAUUCAACUAAGUAAGCUGUAAACUCUCCAAAUAGUAUCAAUUCUAACAUUUUCAGAAAGUAAACCAUCUAGAAUGGUUAAAAUAUAUAAGAAAUUAAUAAAGAUCUCAACAAUUAUUUUGAGUUUAACAGUUUUGGCAGCCCAAAUAAUUAACACUAAGUUAAUUAAUAAAAUUAGAUAGCAGCUGAUUAAUUAGACAAUUAAUAAAAAUUAGCAGUAAAAAAUGCUUUAUAGAACCAAGAAUUUGUCUAAAAUCCUUAAAAAAAAUUAAAUUUUGAAGAUGAAGACGAUGAUGAAUUUAAGCUCUACAAUAUUGAAACAAAAAGAUAAAGAAAAUAGGAAUAAUUAGGAAAUUCUAUUUAGUCAAGUCGCUCCAACCAAAAUAGCAGAGGAAAUAAUUCACAUAAAGGAGGAAUUAGUAACGAACAUUCUCAUAUCUCUGAUGUAUCUGAUUACGCAAUGAAUUAGCUGAAUAAUUACAACUAGAAAAUUAUCAUCAACAGUAAAAGAACAUUAAACGGAACAGAGCAAGAAUAAAAUGAAGAGAAUCAAUUUAUGCUGACAGAAAUCAGAGCAUAUUCAGACCCCAGCUUAGCCUUAAGACCUACAAAAAUGACAUUACCUUAGAUCUACAAAUGUAUAGAAGAGUUGUAUCAAGCUAAAUUUUGUGAAAACACCCUAAGGAUGAAGAUGAGUUCAAAUGGAAGUAGAAAAAAUAAAUCUAAUUAAGGAUACAGAAGUGAGUUAAGCAUGUAACUAGGAGUUCAACCAUACGAAAUAUCUUUCAGUGAAUUCAUAUAUGAAUAUUACAAAGAAAAAUAUAUCUCCUCAAAGAAAGUAAGUGAGCAACAUCUGAUAAAUUUGAUUGUGAGUGUAGAAUUUUAUAUCUAGAAUCAUUUUAAAUACAGUACAAAUUAAAUACUACCCAUUCAGACAUUUGCUUCUUUCAUACAAAAUACCUACCAAGAAGAGGAGCUAAUAUUUUAUCUAUUCGUAAGAGAAAUGCUAUUAAAGUACACCUAAGAAGCAUUCGAUACAAACAACAAAAUUUAUGAAACAUAAACAAUUGAAUUAAGUUUAGAAGAAUGCUAAUAAAUUUUAGAAUAAGUAUAUGGUGGAAAUGAGCAGAAAAUUAUUGAUAGAUUCAUGUAUCGCUUGACUGAUAUAUUGAUGCAACAAAAAGAUUCUAAUGACUAUAACAUAAGUGCCACAUUUUUUUUGAAUCUAGCUUUACAAGAUUAUAUUGAAGGAAAAAACAAUAAAAUUUACGAAUCUGAUAGGCAACUAGAGUAAAGAAAUAGCUAAAAAUAGUAAUUUGGUAAUAAUAAUUAAGAAAUAAAGUAAAAAGCUGGUACACAUGUAGAGACUUUAGAAGACGAUUAUGAUAAUUUGCAAAAGUGUAGGAGUAAUUAAAAUUUAAGUAUGAAUUCAUUUGAAAAGUGGGAGUAUACUUUUGAAUAGUCCUUUGGUGAAGCACCACAUUUGCCUAGUUAAUUGCUUGGAACAAAUAAAAAAUUUAGUUUGUUUACUCCUAAAAAUGAGCUUGAAGAAAGAAUUUGGGAAAAAAUGAUUUAAAAAAUUAGUGAUUUUAUUGAGCUUGUUAUUAAUGAUAAUUAUAAUGAAUUUUCUAUCAAAGAGAAGAAGGUUAAGUUCAUAUCAGUAGAGAAAAUAGUAACCAAAAAAGUUAAUAAAAUGAUGGGAGCACUAUUCGAUUAAGACAGAGAACGUUGGUUAGAAUUACUAUGCAUAACUCGUCCAUCACAAAUUUAAUUAGAAAAUCUCGAAACUAUUUUAAAUCUUCUUCAAAACCUAUAGAAAAAGUAAAUUGAUGAAAUUAAUAACAGCGAGAUUUCAAAUUUCUGUAAAACAAUCCUGUAAACAAAGGAACUAAGUAAAGCUAUCGGAAAGCUUUUAGUUUGUGUACUGAUGCCUGACAACUAGUCUUGA